GGGAGGGGGGCGGAGCCAGGCCAGGCCACGCCCCUCCGCCCUGCGCGCGGCGGGACCGACGGGCGCGCCCAGGUGGGGGGCGGCCGAGCGCGCAGUGCGGACCCUCGCGGGGACCUACGCGGCCGCCGCCACCAUGUCACAGGAAGGCGUGGAGCUGGAGAAGAGCGUGCGGCGCCUGCGGGAGAAGUUUCACGGGAAGGUCUCCCCCAAAAAGGCGGGGGCUCUGAUGAAGAAAUUCGGCAGCGACCACACCGGCGUGGGACGCUCCAUCGUCUACGGCGUGAAGCAGAAAGAUGGUCAGGAACUGAGUAAUGACUUGGAUGCCCAGGACCCACCAGAGGACAUGAAGCAAGACCGGGACAUCCAGGCAGUGGCGACCUCCCUGUUGCCUUUGACAGAAGCCAAUCUACGCAUGUUCCAGCGUGCCCAGGAUGACCUCAUCCCUGCCGUGGACCGCCAGUUCAAAACUGGGCAUGGUGGCCCAUUCCUGUCAUCCCAGCUAUGAUGGAGGCAUGGUCCAAGGUCAGCUGUGUCCAGGUGCCGAAAAUGUCGCAAGCGCUAUGAGCCGGUGCCAGCUGACAAGAUGUGGGGGCUGGCUGAGUUCCACUGCCCAAAGUGUCGGCACAACUUCCGAGGCUGGGCACAGAUGGGGUCCCCGUCCCCCUGCUACGGGUGUGGCUUCCCCGUGUAUCCGACACGGAUCCUCCCCCCGCGCUGGGACCGGGACGUGGACCGUCGGAGUUCACACACUCAUUCCUGCUCGGCCGCCGACUGCUACAACCGGAGAGAGCCCCAUGUGCCGGGGACCUCCUGCGCCCACCCCAAGAGUCGUAAACAAAACCACCUGCCCAAAGUCCUCUACCCCAGCAACCCGCACAUCAGCAGUGGCUCCACCGUGGCCACCUGCCUGAGCCAAGGUGGCCUCUUGGACGAUCUGGACAACCUCAUCUUGGAGGACCUGAAGGAGGAGGAGGAGGAAGAGGAGGAGGGUGGGCCCAGGGAGUGACCCCUCCGGCCAGGUGCGCACAGGAAGCAGACACGGGGACAGAGGAACAGGUAGUCACAGCCUCACAGGCCGGAUCAGCAUCGCAGCCUUCCUCAGAGAGUAUGCCCCACCGCGGAACUCAGCCCAGUAGACGCCGUCCUGGUAGCGGCUCCGGUAGUGACCACCGUGGUGCCACACACCGUUGAGGUUGGAGUGGGCACAGGCAUGGUACCACCAGCCCCCACGCUGGUACAGGGCACAGUUACCUGAGGGGAGAGAGAGUGAGUCUGUGUCCCCAGCAGAAUAAAAGUCUGUACCAGCACCUCAUUGUGCAAGGCUUUUGCCGGGCAUCCCCUGGCCCUUUUCAAUAUUAUUGAAUAUAAGCCCUGCUCCUCCAUCUCCUCUCCAAAAUAAAAGCCCUAGCUUCCCAUUUUCUUCUUCAGAGUAACAGCCUUAAUUCCCGAUCUUCCUGCUGAAGUACAAGUCACACCUUCCCCAACUUUUCUGCUAAGUAGAUGCCUACUGCU